GUAUUCUGGAAAUUACAUCAGUGAAUGUGGGAGUAGUGGCCAUCAAAGGGCUGAACAGCAACUACUAUCUGGCUAUCAGCAGGACGGGAGAGCUGUACGGAGCGAGGGAGUUUGGCACCGAGUGCAAACUGAAGGAGCGCAUCGAGGAGAACGGCUACAACACGUACGCGUCGGCCGCGUGGAAGUUCAAGAAGCGGAUGUUCGUGGGUCUGAACGUCCACGGGAAGCCGAUGAGGGGCAGAAAAACACGCAGGAAGAACGUGUCCACCCACUUCCUCCCAAUUAUGGUGUGAACUUUGAGAGCCCGCCUGGAGUGGGUUUGGUUAUUUACAGCACUGGACUGAAAGAUUUUCAAUACUGAGCAGCUGUGGAAAAUCUGCGUGGAGAAAUUUUAUAUUCAGAACAAAAAGGCACUAACUCACACUGUCACACAGGUCCACUGUCUCCUGACUGAAGCAGGAAUCUCAUUAGAAGAAGAUUGUUUUAGAGGCACCAUCCGCAGAGCAUACCUGAUACUUCUACUGUGCCAAACAAAAACAAAAAAACAGAAUUUCCAUCCCAGCAAACAAAUAUAUUAAUGUGUUAUUUAUAAUCCUAACUCUAUGGAGCUAUUUUGGGGCCAUAAAUAUUUGAAACCCUAGUAAAAUUUAUUUUUUUAAAAAUAUUGGUGUUUGACCAAAAAAAUGUAAAAUGAUAAACUAAGAUAAACUUAAUUCUUUUCAGCUUCAAAUGUUCUGUUUUUUAAGUUUCAAACCAACAUUUUUUUUUCACUUUCAAUUCUUUUUUUCUGUUUUCAAAUCUGAAAAUUUCCCUUUCAAAACUUUUGGCCCUGUUGUGGUUUUAAAAUGAAGAACCAAUCAAAAUCGAUGAAGAUGGCGCUUUGAACGGGCAAGAACAGAGUUUUGGACGCGUGUUUUUGACGCGAUAAAACUUUGCACCCAUCUUGGGACAACUUCAGACUAUGAUAGUACAGACUAAACAGAC